AUGUACGAUAACGACUUUCUCUUCUGGAAGUUCAUAGUUGUUAUUGUCUUCUUUGGAUUGAUGGCCGCCAUCUUCGCCGUAUACCGCUUCUACAAAAUGUGCACAAAGAAAUCGCGCGGAUUUUUGAAAAAGGAGAACGAUAACUCUACCGAUGACGAGGAGGAGCUCGUGGUUUUUGCGACGAAUCUUCUCGCCGAAACUCGACUUGCACACUUCUCUUCUCAUAAUUCCGUUCUGUGUCGUGAAUGGUUCCUGGAAUUUGAUCAUUUGCCUACGGGUGGUAUAGGAGGAGCGGAACAACAUUCAUCUACGCAAAUUUACCUCAUGAUUGAGAAAGAAUUAUCACUUCGGCGGGUGAUUUUUGACAGAUUUGAUGGAAAUUUCACUUCUUCUGCUUCUAUGGGCAAAAUCAACAAUCAGUCAGCACCAGCAUCUCCAUAA